AUGGCGGCAAUGGGGAAAGAGGCUGCUGCCACGACGAAAACAGCAAAACCAGAGCACCCCAAACUCCCUCGUCUCCCAAAAGGAGCGCAAAUUAGCAAGCGACCCUUAAUACACCCCCCGAUUGCCCCACCCAGAACUGGCUCCCGCGUCCAGAAGGUUGUCUACCUCCGUUCAACAACCCCAUUUAUCAGCGCCGUAAAGCGGGUGCGGGGCUAUCUCAAAGAAAUCGACAAUCGGUCAAUGGGAACGAUUGACUUGUCGAAUUCCUCUCUCUCGGACCGAGAACUUGUCGCAUUCGCGGGCAAGGGACGGGAUGGACAUCAGGAGGAAGUCAUCGUCAAAGCUACAGGACGAGCUAUUGAGAAGGCAUUGAAUGUAGCGUUAUAUUUCCAAAAGCAGGACGACUGUAAGGCCGUGCUGCGGACGGGAGAAGUUGGCGCUGUGGAUGACAUUGAGGUUGACGGGGAGGAGAGUGCACGAGUCAGGAAGGCUUCCGUUUUGGAGGUGGGAAUCACGUUGAUAUGA